AUGCCUCCGCCAGGCAAUGAAUAUGCCGCCGAGCAGCUUAAGAACUCAGGCAACAAGUGCUUCAAAAAUGGCGACUAUGAAGGAGCCGAGGGGCUGUACUCGCAGGCCAUUCAGAAGAACUCCGCAAACCCUCUGUUGUUUACGAAUCGCGCAAACGCCAGGCUAAAGUUGGAAAAAUGGGAAGGAGUAAUCGACGACUGUAUUCGGAGUAUCGAGUUGUUAAAGGACAACAUGAAGGCAUUCUUCUAUCUCGCGCAAGCCCAACUCGCCAUAAACCACCCCAACGAAGCCCUUUCCUCAGCCCUCAUGGCCUACGAACUAUGCACCACCUCGGCGCAACAAACCUCAAACGCUGCCACAAUAUCUGCCCUCGUCCUGAAAUGCAAGAAAGCCAAAUGGGAUAUCCGCGAACGAGAACGAAUACGGCGGCGCGGUGAUCUCCUCUCCGAUCUCGAAGCGAUGCUGGAGACACAGUUCAAAAAGGACAUGGAUGAGAUAGAAGCACGUAUGGAAACUGGAGAAACUAGUCGAUCAGACGGGCAGGAAGAGAAAGCAGAGCGCAAAACGGAAUUUGAGAAGAAGCGCGAUGAUUUACGCACCGCCUUCGCGAUAUCAGACCCGGAACAUCAGCAGAAACGUGAAGUACCGGAUUACCUCGUUGAUGGCAUAACGUUUGAGAUCAUGCAUGAUCCCGUGGUUACCAAGAAUGGCAGAUCCUACGAGCGCGCUACGCUGAUUGAGCAUCUCAAACGCAGUCCAACAGACCCGCUGACGAGGGAGACGCUCACCAUCGGUGAGCUGAGACCGAAUAUAGCACUCAAGGAGGCUUGUUUGCGAGACUUCAUUGGUCCGCGUGUAUUGUGGCAGUGA